AUGACUUGCUCAGCCCCGCUCCUGAUCUUCUUCUUGCCGUUCUUCCCGGCUGCCAUGGGGACGGCCCCAGAAAACAGCCGCUUAGAAGAUGCCUUCCAGGGGGAAAUGGCCGAAUUCUCCUCCGAAAGCGAGGAAAGACCCCUGGCACAAACAGAAGAGUCAUCUGACCAAUCCCAGCGCAUCAUCGGGGGAUACGUAGUGCCUCCCCGUUCAGCCAAGUACCUGGUGUCCCUCAAGAGGAAGACGGGCUCCCACUUCUGCGGCGGAGCCUUGAUCAGCCGGAGCUGGGUCCUGACUGCGGCCCAUUGCAAGACCAGUGCCCACCAGAUGCUGAUCGUGGCCGGGGAAUACUCCCUCUCGGCCUUUGAAGGCACGGAGCAGGUCUUCCGCCCGGCCCGAAUGCUGGCCCACCCGGACUACAACCCCGUCUCCAAGAAUGCAGACAUCAUGCUCAUCAAGCUGAGCCGCCCCUUGGCCUACAGCCCAUACGUCUCGGUGGUGCCCCUUCCCCAGCGAGGCUCCCCGGUGAGGGAGGGUCGCCUGUGCCAGGUCUCCGGCUGGGGACACACCUCGGCGGUGGGCGGCCGCACCUCCGACACCCUGCGUGGUGUCUACCUACCCGUCUUGCCCGCCUGGAAGUGCAACGCCUCCUACGCCGGGGCCAUCACCAAGGACAUGCUCUGCGCUGGGUUCAGCGCCGGAGGAAAAGAUGCCUGCCAGGGCGACUCGGGAGGCCCGCUGGUGUGUGAGGGCCGCGUCCUGGGCAUCGUCUCCUGGGGCCACAGCUGCGCCACGCCCCGCUUCCCAGGGGUCUACACCGCCGUGGCCGGGUUCCAGAAGUGGAUCUACAAGGUCCUUCUUGAGAAUUAAGUGCCC